AUGUCAAGAUCAGAUAUAAGUUUCACAUAUCUACUGCUUUUAUUCAUCUCAGCAGCUGUCCUUGUCACUACCUUUUACUAUAAAGAAGAAUCUCUUGGAUUGCAACUUAACACGAAUAUCAACAAAACAAAAGCAAAGAAUAAUAUUGGUCACGGUCCAAAGGUUAUCGAUAGAAUAAUAGCCAAUCCAGAAGAAUAAGACUAAUCUCUAACAGCCUCUAGCACAAGCUACAAAUUAGUAAACAAUAUAAGAAUGGAGUAGAGAAUCUUUACUCAAGGCCUUGAGUUUAUCAACAAUACACAUUUGAUUAUUAGUGGAGGUCUUUAUUAAAAGAGUUUCAUUGGUAUCUUAGGAAUUGACUAUACCAACGAAAUUAAGAUUGGUUAGGGGAAUGAAUUUGGAGCAGUACUAGUCUCUAGGAAAAAUAUCGAUAAUUAAUAUUUCGGUGAAGGUGCUACUAUCUUUAAGGGAUUAGUAUAUCAGCUAACAUGGAAGUAAAGAAAGGUGCUUGUGUUCGGCUUGUAGGAUUUAAUUUUGAAAACAGAAUAUAGCAUGCCUGCUGAUAUCAAAGAAGGAUGGGGUAUUACUCAUGAUAAUGACUAUCUUUAUAUAAGUGAGGGAUCUAAUAAAAUUUUUGCUGUUCAAAUUGUCAAUGGUUAGCUUAAAGUUAUGAAAACAAUCAUAGUCACAUAGUAAAUUGGAUAGAAUCUUGAUAUAAAUGAGCUGGAAUUAGUUGGAAAUUACAUAUAUGCAAACAAUUACCAGACUAAUAACAUUUUAAAAAUAGAUAAAAACAGUGGAUCAUUGAUGAAAACUUUCGAUAUGUCAUAACUCUAUGAAAUAAACAGGUAAAGUGUGAUAAGUAAGGGUGAUAGCUUUGCAUACAGUUGGAUAAAUAAUGUGUUAAAUGGCAUUGCCUAUAAUAAAAAUACAGGUAGAUUUUUCAUCACAGGAAAGUAAUGGGAUUUUAUUUUCGACGUUGAGUUGAUUGACUAGUGA